UUUUAUUAAAAAUGGGAAGCUAUUGUUGCGCUUAGGAAGUUACUUAUAGUAUCUUAAUUGUUGUAAUAAGGUAAUGAAACUCAAAUUGAGACCAGACCCAUAGAUUUCAACUCUACGGAUAAGAAAUAUUCGUGUCAAGCUACAAGUAAUUUAUUUUCAAAUUUCUGCUUUUCCAGAAAAAAUAACAUUGCUAAAAGUCAGUCCGGAUCUAUUUAUACCGAUGAAGCGCUAAGAUAUUUAUAGUGUUUAUUCACUUGGGAAGGCCUUGGGAGAGGGUAAUCUUUAUUUUAUAUUUGAGGGGCCUAUGGUCAAGUUUCGACAGUAACCAACAAAAGAACAGGUAAUUGAUUAAAUGCUACAAUUAGGAAUGAUCAGAGCCAUGAAAGCAAUAAGAAAAGAUAGUUUAUUUGAAGAGGAAGAAUAAAAAUUAUUUUAAGAAAUGAAUAUUUUAAAAGAUCUUGAUCAUCCAAAUAUAGUUAAGUUGUGUGAGUUGUUUUAAGAUGAGAAGUAUUAUUAUCUUGUGACUGAGUAUUAAUGGUUAUGAUGAAUUAGGUAUCUUUAAGGAGGGGAGCUUUUCGAUAGAAUCUAGAGGGCUAAAACCUUCAGUGAAAAGGAUGCAGCUCAUAUAAUGAGAUAGAUUCUGAGUGGUGUUGCUUAUUGUCACACCAAAAAAAUUGUUCAUAGAGAUUUGAAACCUGAGAAUAUUGUAUUUACAUCGAAAGAUGAAGAUGCUCAACUCAAAAUAAUUGAUUUUGGGACUUCAAGAAGAUUCGAAUCAAAUAAAAAAAUGACCAAAAGAUUAGGAACUGUAUUAAUACGAAUUUAAGUAUAGCCUUAUUAUAUCGCACCGGAAGUUCUCUUGAAAUAAUAUAAUGAGAAAUGUGAUGUGUGGUCAUGUGGAGUGAUCUUAUUUAUUCUAUUAGCAGGAUAUCCUCCAUUCUAUGGAAAAAAAGAAGUAGACAUUUAUCAAAAAAUAGUCAAAGCUCAUGUGUCAUUUCACAGUAUCUUUUUAUUCUCAUAAUUUCUAGCUGCAGAAUGGUCUAGAGUUAGUGAACCUGCAAAGCAAUUGAUUAUAAAAAUGCUUUGUAAAAAUGUAGACGAAAGAAUCAGUGCCUAAGAUGCCUUAAAUGAUCCUUGGAUGAAAGAGCACAACUAAACAAAUUUAGUUGAUCAACAAUUUUUAAAGAACCUUUCAUAAUUCAGUGCCAAAAGUAAAUUAAAAUAAUCGUUGCUCACAUUCAUGGCAUGUUAGAUGAUACAAUAAAAUGAGGUAGAAGAUAUUCAAAAGAAGUUUAAAGAACUCGAUUAAAAUGGAGAUGGGACUGUUUCUAAAGAAGAACUUAUUCAGGCAUUUUAAGAGAAACUCUUGAAUAAAGAUUACUUUGUAGAGUCAUUGGAGGAGCAAAUGGAUAAGGUUAUUACGUAGAUAGACACCAAUUUAUCUGGUAAAAUUGACUACACAGAGUUCAUCAUUGUCUGUCUGUAACAACAAAGGAUGUUAACUGAAGAGAAGAUAAAAUAAGCCUUUAAGAUUCUUGACAUGGUAGUAGUGUACUUUAAUAUUAGGAUGGAAACAAUUUCAUUUCCAAGGAUGAAUUUCAAUAGGUUAUGGAGGGAGUGGAUGAUGUAUUAUGGAAUGAGUUUUUAGAAGAAUGUGAUGAAGAUAAGGAUGGUAAAAUAUCAGAAGAAGAGUUUAUUCAAAUUAUUAUGAAUAAAAUCUGAUGCUAUUUAUAUAUUUGCUUUGUUAGG